AUGUCCUCUACCUUUACUUUCACCAAGGAAGCCAUCCUACCAGCCACCAACCCAAAGUCCCCGUUCUUCGUGAACAUCCCUGGCAAUGAUGCAAAGCCUGUGGAUAACUUGAUCAACUACUUCAAGUACUGGAAGUACUUUAUCAAGUCGUUGAUCCACUAUUUCAAAGAAAUUGCAAUGGUCAAGGAGUUCGAGGCCAAUCUCAACUACCAAUUGAUCAAUUCCAUCCUGUUCCCAGGAUUCAAGGACUUGCCUGUUCGGGUGAUGGACGAGAUCAAUAGCUCUAACCAUAGCCAACAUAGCCCUUCCAACUCGCAAUCAACCACUCCGACCAAGGAGCACAAUAGAAACCUUUCGACAACAAGCUUGACUACAGUUUCGUCUCAUGCAUCAACGAGUACUGGGGGUACACCCAACAACUCCGAUGCCAAACGGCCAGGUCUUUUCAAAACCAAAUCGAACAACUCGACCUUCCUCAAAAACAUCAACUCACAAGGACCACAUGCCCCCCUGAAUCACAAGAAGAACUUGUCGCUUGGAGGUGCAAACUCGAAACCAAAUCACGCCAAUCACGCCCAAAGUGCCCACAACCACUAUAACGACGUGAAGGUUCCAUCACAUUUCUUCCCCGAUGACUCGUUGUUCAAGAACCUUCCUCCUCUCUUGUUGAAUCAGCAUCAAGUGGCAUUCGGAAACAAUACUAAAGCUUACAAAGACUUGAAUGGCAAACUAAUUCCUAGACUUGAAAUGUUGUUGAGAAACUUAUCUCAUAAAAUCAAAGAAAUCAAAACCACUUUGAAAAACGAAUCGUUUUCAAAUAUAGAAUUGCUUAAGGAAAUUAGUUCUACCGGAAAGGUGUUAAGUUCGUAUUUGAAUUCAGUGGAAAGAUACAGCACCAAAGUUCCAGUAUUGAAGAGGAAAUUGCUCUCCGAAGAAGAUAGAACUGACGAUGAUGACGAUGAUGGUGUUUUAGAUGAUCCUUUCUUGGUCAAGCUUCACGUCGACUAUCAAAUAAAGCAUCAACUUUUAAAUGAAAAUUAUAUGUUUGCUUCUUAUGUCAAUCUUCAAAACAUUUCCAAGGAUCUCUUCAAUUAUGUUCUCAAAGAAUUGAAUGUGGUAGUUGACAAGUUUGGAAAAUUACUGUUGAACCAAGAGUUUUAUACUUUUCUUAAGGAAAAGAUUUCAAACUCGUGCUCAAACGAUUGGGAGUAUUUUAUUUCAAUGAAUCCUAAUUUCUUGAACUUUUACAAAGAUUCACCAGUUCAAAAGAAGAAAGAAACGAGAACAUUUAAGGAUAUUGUCAUUCCAUAUGCUGAUUCAAUCCAUAAUAAAUGUAUCAGAUUUGGAGUUCUUUACAAGAAAUCGAAACUUUUCAAGAACUACAAUAAGUGUUACUAUGUUUUGACAUGUAACUAUUUGCAUGAAUUCAAAAUUGAAGGUGAUGAAAAUGGAAGUUCGGAAUCUAAGCUCAAAGAACAUAAAUCGACUCCACCCAAGAAGAGCAAAUCUUCAAAGGAUAAGAUUGGUGGAUUUAUCGGGCAUGAUGAUGUUCCAACAAAAUCUUACAAUCUCAAUGACCUUAGUAUUAAGAUUAAAGACGAAAAGGGAUUCAAGUUCCAGUUAAUCAAGAAUUCCAACUCAUCAAAGAAGCAUACCUUCAAAUGUUUGACAUUGGGUGAAUUCACCAACUGGUUCGGUGAUCUUGAACAAAUGUGCAAGUUUGGUUCCAAGCAUACUCAGAGAUUUCUUAUGGUUCAAUCCAAGAUUGAUCUCAAAGAAAUGGAACUCGACAAAUCCCAACAGUUGGGCCAUUCUUCUCAAACUCAUUCUGGAUCUACUUCUAGUGCCACUAGUCCAAUUAGAAAGUCUCUUAACAAUUUUAAAUUGAACAUGGAACCAAAUCAUGAGCGAAGUUUAUCAGCAAUUUUCACACCAACCAUCAAAACGCCGCUAAAUCAAUCGCCUUCGGAAGGAAAUCCAUUCGAGGAAACCUUCUUAUCUGAAAUGCCCACUCCACAAAAUGUCCAGUCAACUCUUUCGUCGCCCAAUCUCACCCCUGAUGCAGCCCAGGUUUUGAAUACAGCUAGUGGACUGGAAUCAUCUGAUUCUAAUACUCAUCGUGAGCAGCACGAAUCAUACCUAAAGAUGCAACAAGAAAUUUUGAAACAGCAGCAGGAUAUCUUGAACCUCAAAAUUAACCAACUUCCCGAGUCGUCCAAAGUGGACCAGACCCAUUCCAUGACGUCUUUGCCCUCGGCUGGAAACUUGUUUGUGCUUGACAAUGGCUCCAAGGAAAGAGCCGCAUUGUUAUCGUUAUCGAGACCCGCCUCCAACGAUUCCAUUAGUUCCUUUGCAGUUACGCCUGCCCAAGCCUCGCUGAGUGGGGUGCAAUCACUUUUGAACGCCAAUAGAGAUUUGUUGAACAAGAAACCAGACCAGCCUGUCUACUUCGAGCUAGCUGGAGCCAGCCAUCAAAGGUCUGGCUCAUCGCUGUCCGAGGCUGCUGAACCUACCUACCAGUCGCCCGUGCCUAGGGUGGUGGUUUCCAACGAUUAA